AUGUUAACUGCUAACAAUUACAAACGGAAGAGACCAAGACUCUCUUCCACACAAAUGGUAUCCAAAAGUUCUGAAGGGCCGUCCCAUAGUGUAUACAAGAAGAACCAUCAACAAUACUCUACUGGGUCGUCUUAUACUGACCAAGAAGUCAUCAAUCUUGAUUCGGAUGCUGAGGAUUACAUUUUCAAAGACAGUGACAUGAUUGACGACUAUUUGGGUCUCGAUGACGCCGAUAUGAACUUGAUGAAUGGUACUGACAGCGAAUCUGGUUUGAUCAGCAGGGACAGUUCACGUCCCAGAAAUUCUUUUGCCUCAUACUAUAACACGAACGAUAUCAAGAUCGCUAGCCUAAAAUUAUCUGGUCCUUCAACGUCAAGUGGUCCCAGAAUCAAGAAAAAGAGAACCAAGUCGCUUCCUCAACUGUCGUAUUCCAAGCUGAAUUAUCAGCCCAAUUUCGAUAAGAAAUCAGUCCAGGAGAAAAUCGGUGAUGUGAAGACCACGUUGAUACAGCACCAAUUCACAAAUUACACUUAUAACACUCCAAAGUCUGUGAAUAGAAAGCUGUCAUUCAAUGCGGAUGCUCCGUUGAAUUUAAGUACAUUCAACCAACAUAGCAGCAAUUCAUCGUCCGACUCAUACGAUUCCGCGAAUACUUCGGCAACAUCGAUUGAGGAUACGCCUUGUGAUGACAAGGAUGGUCAUUACAUUAUAGUACCAGGCGCAUCGUUUGCUAAUGAUCGAUUUCAAAUCCAAUCAUUACUUGGCCAAGGUACAUUCGGUAAGGUUAUCAAAGCUCACGACAAAUACAAUAAUUGUCCAGUGGCGAUCAAGAUAAUACGCGCCAUUCCCAAAUACAGAGAAGCCUCAAAGGUCGAACUGCGAGUACUCACGAUGCUGAAGAAGCAUGAUCCGGAAAAUGAGAACCAGUGUAUUCAUCUGAGGGAAUGUUUCGACUACAGAGGUCACAUUUGCAUUGUCACUGAUAUCCUCAAGAUAUCUCUUUAUGACUUUCUGGAACGAAACCAAUUUCUACCUUUCCCUGGCUCUCACAUACAGGCUGUCGCGAAGCAGUUAUUGAGAUCGGUUGCAUUUUUGCAUGAUCUAAAUUUGAUCCACACCGAUCUCAAACCGGAAAACAUAUUGUUGAAAGACGAUUCGUAUACGAGGAAACCAUAUUUGAAGCCAAAUGGAACCUCAAGUUCUUUAACUUAUAGAAACAUCCUGAAUGACCCAAAGAUCUACACAAUUGAUUUCGGAUCUGCCAUAUUUGAAGAUGAAUAUCAUUCAUCCGUGGUGUCAACGCGACACUAUCGUGCACCCGAAAUCAUUCUGGGGAUAGGAUGGUCAUAUCCUUGCGAUCUCUGGUCUGUGGCUUGUAUCUUGGUGGAGCUAGUGACUGGGGAUGCUCUAUUCAAAACUCACGAAAAUGCCCAACAUUUGGCAAUGAUGGAGCGCACUCUUGGAGAACCUGUGGAUUUGAAACUCGUGAGGAAAUGUUUCAGCCAAUAUUACUACAACUCUUCCUCGCGUCGGAAGUCAAUGUCCAACUCUGAUUGUAUCGCAAAUUGUUUCUCGAAGACUACAGGAAAACUUCUGUUUCCAACACCGCAAACUUCUAUGAAGUUGAUUGACGAAGUUGAAAGGCUCCCAACGCUUGCUGAUCUGAUUGGCUCAAAGGUUGGUCUCCCGUUUGAUAUGAAGUCGUCUUUGAAGGAGUCAAUUGCAAAGUACAACAUUUCGAAGAAACAGUAUGACGAGUAUGAAUUUUGGUACUGGUUUAUUGACUUGCUCAAACAGCUGUUCACCUUCGAUCCGGAGAAACGUAUUACUGCAAUGGAUGCUCUUAACCAUAAGUGGUUCGAUUACGGUAUUUUGGAUGAUGGCACUUGUUCAUGA